AUGUUGCCUGCAAGAAGGUCCAGAAUGUCCAAAAGGAUGGUACAAAACCUCGCGGAAAGCAUUUGCAAGCAAGUGGCCCACUUCAAUAAAAGAGAGGUGGAGUGCCUCAUCGGAGAGUUCCGUUUUUUAUUGGACGAGCCGGCCAGUCCUGCGAGGUCAGUGGGCGGCUUGGACAGAUGGAAGCUGAGAAGCUUUCUGCACAACACCCUUGGACUCACCAACGACACCAUCAUGGAUGCAGUGUUCCGGACAUUUGACAAAGACAAUGACGGGUUUGUAAGCUUGAAAGAGUGGAUUGAGGGACUCGCGGUUGUUCUUCGUGGCACCUUGGACGAAAGAAUAACGUACUGCUUCCACGUGUACGACUUGAACGCUGACAAGUACAUCACCAGGGAGGAGAUGUUACAAAUGCUGAGGUACAGCCUCAGGCUGCCUGGAGAGGAGGACCCUUACGACGGGAUCAAAGAUCUGGUGGAGAUCACACUCAAGAGGAUGGACCGCGACCACGAUGACAGGUUGUCUUUGGACGACUUUGAGAAGUCAGUGAAAGAGGUGAAUCACAUGAUUGAAGCUUUUGGAACUUGCCUCCCCAACACCACUAGGAUUGAGACUUUUGAGCAGCGUGUAUUUCAGAGUCAAGUACACUGAUGAUGCGGUCUUAGAAAUAUUUUAUAUACAGUAACAAUAGCGGUCUAUCUAUGCAACACCCAUCCAUUUUAUUCAGCCCUUGGUAACCAUUCCCACUGUCAUCCACACCUUUGGUCAAUUUAAAGUGUGCAAUGAAUCGAACGUGCAUUUUUUUGGGGGGGAAUGUGCGAAGAAGCUGGAGUACAUGCAGAAAACUCACACAAGCACUAUGGGAGACGUUCAAAAGGU